CGCGACCUUUGCUCUUCUGGCUUAUGGCGGAACAUGCAGGCCCGCCGUCGCAGGCUAUCGCUCAGCCUGAAUCGCCGAGCGGCCGCGGCACGAAGCGCAAAUCGGCGCCAUCGUUCCUGAAGGACUGGUCGGACUGCUCAUCAGAUGGAGGUGGUAGCAUCUUUGGCAGCGCUGCCUCAUCUGUCAUUGGCGGUGCUAAAAAGGUCACCAAAAAGAUACUCAAGAAGGUGCGCCAGAUGAAACCGCGGAAGAGUCGCCGCAAGGGCGAAAAGGAGGAGGAUUUGGCGUAUAGUCAGGUCAUGGAAGCUACUGCAAAUGCCACUUCGAAAGUCCAGAGUACACCGAUUGGACAUCAACAUCGCUAUCGACGCAUUCCGGAGUUCACCUACGAGACGGUGGCAAGGGUUCAACCGGGCGGGGCGCGUUGUCCUAUUUCUCUCAUGGACAACUCCAUGCGCUUGCUGCAGCUGGUCCACCUUGUAUCUCGUGCCACUGAUAUGAAUAUCUCUGAACGCCUUGCAUGCAUACUUGGGCUGGAAAGGGACCAUUUCAACUCUGGAACGAGUGCAAAUCUCCUUUUCAUGCAACGAGAAUUGCACGUCGCGUUCGACUCAGAUCGUUUCAUUCUUGUUCCGUCUUGGCACAUUCUCCGAGCCAUAAAGUCUGCCAUCUUUAACCACGGAAUUCCAGAACUUCAAUACCACUCUGCCGAACACGGGAUCAACGCGAAAGUCAGGCGCCGACGGGUGAACAGGGCGGGAUAUGUUCAUCAUGAAGAAGUGUUUACCCGGCACUUUGCACGCGGUUACCGUAUUGUUCCUCUCAAUGGAAUGUGGUCCCCCGACGAGCCCAUCACGAGGGACCCGCUCGAUAACGACCCUGACGACCCUAGCGAUCUCGACGGCGACGUCUACGAAUGGCCUUUCACUGGGGAUGACGAGCUGCCCAUGAUCUUCCUUCAUAACAGCCCGCAGCUCGUCGUCUGGAAGUCAUAUACGGCCAUCAAAGCCCAGAGGGAGAAAGAGAGCUCGAGUAAAGACGGCGGUCUCAAGAAAGACACCAGCAUCGACGACACCGACGACCGCGAGGACCACGAUGAAGCUCUUGUCACUGACACCGACGGCCGCGCGGACGACGCUGUAGCUCUUGUCACAGCACAAGACUUCGUACAGCACAAGCUGACAGCCAUUUACGAGAUCGGUCUUUACAUUGAGAAAACGCUCCACCUGCCCACCAAUUUCCUGCAAAGCCCUGGUCCUCGAAGGCCGUCUGAGCAGACCCUUGCGGAGGAUCUUCCGGAUGAUGACGUGCUAGUGUCAGACGAGGAGGUUGUCACUGAUGGGAUGAGCCGAUCCCUGCAUGAAGCCCUCAGCGACGCCGCAGAUCCAGACCUUUGAUCUUGUUUCUGCAAGACGUCGAGCUUAC